GCACGUUAAGUUAAAGUGGGGAAGAGGGUGUUAUGUUUCUUGCUUUUGUCUGUGUUCGCCCCGUGCCGUCCAGUCCAUUGAUCAUCGAUUCUUAAUUUAUACAGCACAGAUGCAAGAACAAACCAGAGGAAUAACACUAUACCAUAAAGCAAGAAAAAGCGACCAAGCUGAUGGCAAUGAAAGCCAAAACGCAACUGGUGAUUGGAGACGACGGUGUAGCUAUCAUCACCCUCAACAACCCCCCUCUCAAUUUACUCUCCUUUGAAGUUAUGCUUAGCUUAAAAAGCAGCAUUGAAGAAGCCCUGCUAUGCAAUGAAGUUAAAGCGAUUGUGGUAAAUGGUUCAGGGGGUAAGUUUUCUGGGGGAGCCGACGUGAAAGUUUUUGGGAAAUCUGAGAUGGUAAAGAAACGAAACGAGGUUGGUUUCAUAUCAAUAGAGUUGAUCACAAACCUUUUGGAAGCUGCAAGAAAGCCUUUAGUAGCAGCUAUAGAUGGGCCUGCUUUUGGUGGUGGACUAGAGAUAGCACUGGCAUGUCAUGCACGCAUAUCCACACCUACCUCACAACUUGGCUUGACAGAACUGCAAUACGGGAUCAUUCCUGGAUAUGGAGGCACUCAGCGUCUUCCACGCCUUGUUGGCCUUCCUAAGGCUUUGGAGAUGAUACUGAUGUCAAAACGAGUAAAUGGGAAGGAUGCUUUUAGUAUGUCCCUUGUUGAUGCUGUAGCCCCUGCUGAUGAACUAAUCAGAAGUGCAUCUAGAUGGGCUUUGGAUAUUUCAGAAGCCAGAAAACCAUGGAUUCAUAGCCUUUACAGAACCGACAGACUAGAACCAUUAAAAGAAGCAAGGUUAAUACUGAACACGGCGAGAGAUGAAGCACAAAAACAGAACCCAAAUGUGACUCAUCCAUUAAUUUGCAUCGAUGUCAUUGAAGAGGGUAUAGUUUCUGGUGCUCGUAUUGGACUAUGGAAGGAAGCAGAGGCCUUGAAUGAACUCCGGCAAUCUGAAACUUGUAAAAGUUUGGUCCACAUCUUCUUUGCUCGAUAUAACACUUCCAAGUUACAGAUUUCAGGUAUAACUGAUAUGGGGUUGCAGCCAAGGAAAGUAAAUAGAGUUGGUGUUAUUGGUCCUGGGUCAAUAGCAAUAGCAACAGCUUUUAUCCUUGCUAACUUUCCUGUAAUAUUUAAGGAGGAUGAUGAGAAUUCUCUGGAGGCUACAAUCGGUGAAAUCAAAGCCAAUUUGCACAGCCAUCUUAUGGCAGGGAAAAUGACCAAGGAGAAGCUUGAAAGAACUGUAUCUCUGUUGAAGGGUGUACUCAGUUAUGAUAGCUUCAAAGAUGUGGAUUUAGUUGUAGAGGCAGUGGAGGGAAGCAUCCAGUUAAAGCAGCAAGUUUUUGCUGACCUUGAGCAUUAUUGCCCUCAACAUUGCAUUCUUGCAAGCAGUAGUCCCACACUUGACUUAAAUCUAAUUGGAGAAAGAACAAAAUCCCAAUUCCGGAUUGCUGGGGCCCACUUUUGUAGUUCCUCUAUGCUGGAAAUAGUCAAUACCGAGUGUACAUCGCCCCAAGUAAUUGUUGACUUACUUGAUGUGGCAAAGAAGAUGAAGAAAACACCAAUUUUGGUCCGUAAUGGCAGUGGACUUGUGGUGAACAGGAUCCGUGCCAUGUAUUCUCAAGCAGCAAUGUUUGUUGCUGCUGAACAAGGUGAAGAAGGGAAGCACCGUGUGGAGCAGGUGAUGGACAAAUUUGGGAUGGCCAUCAGUCCAUUCAGAAUGAUGGACAUUGUUGUUGAGAGCAUGUCAACCCUAUCUCAGAAUAAGCAAGAUACUGGCUCAUCUAAUUCUACCUGGAAGGAGGCAAAGGAUUCGCCAAAUGAUUUUAAGCAGGUAGCAAAGUUGUCAGAAGAAGAUAUAAUGAAGAUGAUAUUAUUUCCAGUUGUGAACGAAGCCUGUUGCAUCAUGGAAGAAGGAAGCGUGGUGAAGGCUUCUGAUAUCGAUGUUGCUUCUGUUGUGGCAAUGGGAUUCCCCUCUUAUAGGGGUGGAGUUGUUUACUGGGCCGAUCAUACUCUUGGAUCCAAAUAUAUCUGCUCAACACUCGAAACCUGGUCAAAUGCAUAUGGACCAUUCUUCAAGCCUUGUGCUUAUUUAAGGAAAUAUUCUUCAAUCGGGACACCACUUAUGCAGAUCAAAUCACACCUCUAGAAUCGAUCAUCAAAUCACAUCAUGCUUUGCCUUUGCUUUCUUCAUGCUGUAAGAAAACGUGCAUUUUUAAUUAUGGGGGUGUUUGGAUUAACUUUUGUGGGGCAAAAGUCCUUUUUGUAAAAAGACUUUUUGUAAAAGAACUUUUUACAAAAGUUAUUUUUAAAAAAGUGCUUGGAUUAA